CUUCAUAAAACCCUUAAUGGAAUUCACCCGCUAUUCGCUCCAUUUUUUUUUUCCCUUCACGUUUUAUUUUCUUCUUUGGUAGCUGUAAUUGCUAGAUAGGGGACUACUCCUAUGCAAGGUGACUCCAAUACUGUCCAAACGACGGCCUCCGUGGCUCUUGUCUCCACCGCCACUAUGGUCCCUGAAGGUGGUGAAGUUGGCGCUGCUGGUGGUGGUGGUGGCGGUGGUGGUGGCGGUGGUCCAAAUUCAUCUGGUGAUGAAGAUAAGAGUAUUAUUAGGGUUGAUGAAGGUGACCGGAUGAGCUACGGUGCAAACCGGUGGCCGAGACAAGAGACUUUGGCUUUGUUGAAGAUAAGGUCCGAUAUGGAUUCAGUAUUUCGUGACUCAAGUCUUAAAGGUCCAUUAUGGGAAGAGGUUUCCAGGAAACUAGCUGAGCUUGGUUAUUAUCGAAGUGCCAAGAAAUGCAAGGAGAAGUUCGAGAAUGUGUAUAAGUACCACAAGAGAACCAAAGAAGGUAGAACAGGCAAAUCCGAAGGCAAAACUUAUAGAUUUUUUGAUCAAUUACAAGCUCUCGAAACUCAUCAUCAUCACCAUCAAUCCCAGUUAGCAGCAGCACCACCGCCAUCGCAGCAGCCGCCGUUGUCCAAACCUCAACCUCCAAACACAACACCUGCUACAUUGCCUUGGUCUAAUAAUCCUCCUACUGCUUCUCAUGUCGCUGUUCCAUCAACAACAAAUACUGCCAAUAUUAUUACUUCUCAUAACAACAAUGGUGCUUCGUCAGCUGAUCCUACAAUCAAUGCUAUGCCAUUAUCUUCAUCACACCCUUUAAAUCCUUCUCAAAAUAUUAUCCCAUCUUUUCAAAUCCUUACUUCUCAUCUUUUUUCGAGUUCUACUUCUUCUUCGACAGCUUCCGACGAAGGGUAUCAAGAAACUCGAAAGAGAAAGAGAAAAUGGAAGGAUUUCUUCGAGAGGCUGACGAAGGAUGUUAUGAAGAAGCAAGAAGAGUUGCAAAGGAAGUUUUUGGAAACUGUAGAGAAACACGAACAUGAAAGAAUGGCUCGAGAAGAAGCUUGGAGAAUGCAAGAGAUGGCAAGAAUUAAUAGAGAACAUGAACUUUUGAUCCAAGAACGGACCACCGCUGCUGCUAAAGAUGCUGCUGUUAUUGCAUUCUUGCAAAAGAUGUCGGGACUGCAAAACUCGAUACGAACACUAGAUAUUCCAGUUCCACAACCACAGCCACCACCACCAGUGGCACCGGCAUUAGCUCCAGCUCCAGCUCUGUCACCUGCAGCAGCGCCACCGCAGCCUAGGCAACCACCGCCAGCUCCAGUAGUAAUGAAUUUGGAUGUUUCGAGAAAGGAUAAUGGACAGAAUAAUGCUGUUGUAUCAAGCUCUUCAAGUUCUAGGUGGCCAAAAGUUGAAGUUGAAGUUCUUAUCAAUCUGAGAACCACUCUUGACACUAAGUAUCAAGAAAAUGGACCUAAAGGACCACUAUGGGAGGAGAUCUCAGCAGGAAUGCAAAAGCUUGGAUACAACAGGAGUGCCAAAAGAUGCAAAGAAAAAUGGGAGAAUAUAAACAAGUAUUUCAAGAAAGUGAAAGAAAGCACCAAGAAAAGGUCUGAAGAUUCAAAAACAUGUCCAUAUUUCCACCAACUCAAUGUUCUAUACAAAGAAAAGAUCAGCAAGACUAAUGAGAACUCAGCCAACCAUGGUGGUGGUGGUCAUGCUUCAGUUCCUUCCACAACCACAAUGGAGCCCUUAAUGGUACGGCCAGAGCAGCAAUGGCCAGUUCAAAACGAAAACCCGUCUGAGAAAUUAAUGGAUCACGAAGACGACAUUGAAGAUGACGACGACGAAAACGACGGAGACACCGAGGAAGAAGAUGAGGGAGGAGGAAGAGGUUGUUUUGAAGUAGUAGCAAGCAAACCAACAGCUUCACUGGGCAAUGGAGAGUAAAAAAAAAAAAAAAGAGAGGGAGAAGCUUCUUAAUUACCCCAUGAAAUUAAUCCAUGGAGGACAUUGUUACAGCAAGGUGAAUUAAAAUUUCCAAAUUCAAUUACCUUAUUACAGUGGAAGAAGGUGGAAGCAUCUCAGACAAAAAUGGCGGACUGAACAUAUGUUUCAGAAGUGGAAGAAGGUGGUGAAGCUGUAGUUGGCAACCACACCCUCUUUAAUUAGUUAAUGUGCCCAUACACAUGGGCUGCAUCCUAUAGUGGGAUGACCAACAUUAAUUUGUUUUAAUUUUUCCUUUUAUAUAUAUAUAUAUAUUAAAUUUUCUGUUUGAAAAAGGAAUUAUUUUGUUAAUUAUUUAUUGGGACAUAAGAAAAUGAAGAGUAAUAAUCUAAUUAUAAAUGAUUAGUCUUUGUAUUUUACUGUGUGUCCAUUAGGGAGAUGAUAGAAGAAAUAAAGAAACCAGUGCUGUA